AUGAAUUUGCUCCUGAACUUACCCAUGAAGAACAUUUCUGUCAUUGAUCGUCUUGUAGCGAACUUCGUUAAGUGGGCCGACCUUGGCAAUUCAACACUUGAACUUGUCAGAUUAGGCGGUGCCACUUACACUGGUCAUAGAUUCCCCGCCCCUGUGCUCUGUGGUCAAGGGAGUUCCCUGCUUAAACGCCUUCACCGAAAGCGUCUUGAUUCUUCUUCUAAAUCCGGUGAAGGUCCUACAACAUGGUCAGUUGCUUCAACCGACGCUGACCCCAAUUUGGAGUCCGAACUAAGCAUUGAUUCUUACGCUCAUGACGAUGCUGGAGAUCAUACCAUGGCAUCAUCUCCCCCUUGA